AUGGAAAAAGUUAAAGAGUUGGGACAACCACCCUGCAACAUUUUUAGUACUUGGUCGACUGAGGGUACCAGAGUCAAUGCCCUCAAAGCUGAUCUCGAAGCAGCACUUGAACGCGCUGAAAAGGCAGAACAAGAGCUUAAAAAAAAUCAAGAAGAACAAUCCUCUAAAGAAAUUGAAUUUGGCAAUUGUCAAAAAAAAGUAGGAGCAUUAGAAAAUGAUUUAGAUGAGACCGAAAAGAACUUGAAGGAAACUACGGAGAAGUUUCGUGAGUCUGAACUUAAAUGCGAAACUCUUGAACGUAAAGUCGCACAGCUUGAAAAUGAAGUGGCAGAGAAAGAGAAGAAAAUUGAAGAAUUAAUCGAGGAACGCAACAAACUUAAGGCAGAAUAUGAAGGUGUUAUUAGUUCUAUCAGUGAAUUACAAUCAUUUCAAAUUUUUACUUUUUCUACUUUUUCUCAACAACGAAUAUCAAAUAAUUACACUUCUUCUGUUUCUCCCUUUGAAAAAAGUGGUAGAAAUCGUAUUGGUUCAAAAACCACCACAAAUGAUAAUGAAGGAAUUGAUUCUUUUCUUUUAAAUUAUGCAAAUAAACAAAAAGAUAAUGGGUUAAUGAACGUAAAAGAAUCUAAUGAAACUGAUUCAAGUUCUUCAUCUCCUAAUCUUUUACUAUCAAAAUUUACAUCCAAGAAAUCUGAUACUACUCAAAGAACUUCUGGUUCUGAUGUAGCAAAACUACUAUCCGACUUUUUGGUACCAUCAGAAGAACUUUAUCGAAUUCAUAUUCGUGCUUCUUACAAUAAUACUAUAGUAUCAUUAGCAAAUUCUCGUAAAGACGUAUUAAUUAAUUCUUCUGGUGGACUUGUUGGUUUUAAAAAAGCUCAACGGGGUGGUUAUGAGGCUGCUCAUCAAGCUGCCAUUGCUUUAGUUGAAAAAGUUAAAGAAAAGGGAAUUAAAAUUAAGAAUGUGGAGGUUUUAAUAAAAGGAUUUGGUCCUGGAAGGGAUGCUGCUUUUAAAGCUAUCGCAUCACCAGAGAAUCCUUGGACUAUUAAGAGAAUUACCGAUUCCACUCCAUUGCCAUUUGGUGGGUGUAGGCCAAGGAAGGCUAGGAGAUUGUAA